AUGUAUUUGAGAACAGCGCAAGGUGAUAUCGUGGUGCGUGCAUGCAGCAAAAGUGUGCCCGAAGAUGAUUGCCCAGUUCUCCGCGCCACCGCCUUGGUAAACGUCGUAAGCCCCGAUGGCAGAGAAAUCGGUGAUCGGGCACUCCUAGACCAGGGUUCUGAGGCGACCUUCGUGUCCGAGUCGUUUGUUCAACUGCUUGGACUAUCGAAGGAUCGUAUACACACUAAUCUAAUCGGCGUGGGAGGCUGCGCGGCUGGAUCCGUAAAGUCCGCAACUCGCUUCACAUUACGAUCACGAUCGGACGCGAGCUUUCAAAAGCAGGUCAACGCGUUUAUCUUACCGCGACUUACCUUUGAUUUGCCAUCGCGCGUCUCUACGAAACAGGACCUCACGCAGCUCGAGGUUUUGCCUUUGGCCGAUCCUUCCUUUUAUACGCCGGGUCGGAUCGAUCUGAUGAUCGGAGCCGACCUCUACGGCCAGCUACUGCGCCCAGGCCUCAAGCAGGUUUCGAGCUCGGGCUUGGUCGUGCAAAACACUGCGCUCGGGUGGAUAAUAUCGGGCCCUACCUAUACACCCUCGGCACGGUGGGCGGUACACACGAACUACACGUCGAUCAAAGUCCUUCGGUGCGUAGUCAACAACGACCUGAGCGAGCUGCUCCAACGCUUCUGGACGCUUGAGGAAGUGCCGGCCGUCACCGAUUCGCUAAAACCGGACGAUGAAGCGUGCGAAAAGCUUUUCACUGAAACGCAUAAGCGAGGAAGCGACGGUCAUUACCAGGUACGUCUUCAGCGAGUAGGAGAGAUACCGCGCGUCGGUAUGGAAACGCAGUGUAUGGCCUUGCUCUCGUUGACUCAUCAGCACAAGCGUUUGGCUUGUGACCCGCAGCUCAACCGCGCGUACACGGAAUUCAUGCAGGCCUACUAUGAACUCGGUCACAUGGAGUGGGUCCCAGACCAUGAGAGAAACAAUCCCUAUGCGUGGUACCUGCCUCACCACGCGGUCAAGCAGGCUACCACGAUACGGCCGAAAAUACGCGUUGUUUUUGAUGCGUCGCGCCAAACUCGAGACAAGCACAGCUUGAAUGACUUUCUCAUGGCCGGACCCCCGCUUCAAAGUGACCUCGAUCUUACUUUGCUCAAUUGGCGCAGAUAUCGCUAUGGCUUUACUGCCGACAUAGUGAAAAUGUUUCGGCAAAGUCGUGUAGCGCGCGAAGACCAGGACCUCCAGCGCAUCAUAUGGUCUCCUGUCGCCGAGUCACCUCCCAUUCACUAUAGACUGACGAUGGUAACCUACGGUACCUCCUGCGCGCCAUACUUAGCCAUUCGUACUCUCCAACAUCUAGCUCGCGACGAAGGGAAACGCUUCCCACUCGGCACGGCCUGUCUCGAAUCAGAGACGUACGUCGAUGAUACUUUCUCCGGCGCUGACGAUCUCACAAGCGCCAUGCAGAAACGCGACGAAUUGAUAGCCAUUCUGAAAUCGGCCGGCGUCGAGUUGAAUAAAUGGACGGCGACGCACCCCGAGCUACUGCCUUCAAGCAUGACGCAAGGCAACGGCUGCGCGUCGAAGGAAAUCGACAGCGAAAAGGCAGUGAAAACACUCGGUGUGCACUGGUCGCCUUCGCCGGAUUGCUUUAGCUUCACCGCCGGUGAGAUUGAGUGUCAUCGCGAAAACUUGACGAAGCGAACUAUCUCCUCCGACAUCGCGCGCUUGUUCGAUCCGCUAGGCUGGCUCGCGCCAAUCACCAUGACCGCAAAGACCAUCCUGCAAGAUUUGUGGCUCGAGAAGUUAGGCCUCUCGCAGCGCAAGUCAUACGAGGUACAUGGCUUUUUGGAUGCCUCCAAACGCGCGUACGCCGCCGCUGUCUACCUGCGGAUUGAUAACGGUUACGGUACCUUUACCGUUUCGCUGCUCGCGGCUAAAACAAAGGUCGGGCCCGUGAAAACCGUUAGCAUACCUAACCUUGAGUUGCUCGUCCGUCAUCUGCAAAGGUUCGAGUUCGUUAGGUCCGCGCCGGUGCGCCUAUGGUCCAACAGCCGAAUCGUCCUCAUGUGGCUCAAAAAACAUCCGUGCCACUGGAGGUCGUUCGUCGCCAAUCGCGUUUCGCUCAUACAGACCGAGCUACCUUCUGUGACGUGGGAUCAUGUACCCACGAAACAGAACCCGGCCGAUAUAGCAUCUCGUGGCGCUACCCCCAUCGAACUAAAGUUGCUCGAUCUAUGGUGGCAAGGUCCACCCUGGCUCGCUUCUCACUCACAAACAUGGCCUCAGCCGCUAGAAACCGUGCAAGUCCUGCACACAAAGCCGAGAAAUGACGAACCAGAGGUGUUGUCGCGAUACUCGACCUUAACCAGAUUGACACGCGUGAUAGCUUGGUGUUUACAAUACAUGCGGUGCAAGGCGCAAGAGGGUUUGUACACUCCGUUCCUCUCGACGGCAGAGCUCGACAACGCCCGGCAGGUAAUCCUGAAGCUUGCUCAGUCGCAUGCAUUCGCCCGUGAGAUCGAGCUUUUACGGAACGGUAAGGGCCUACCCAAAUGGCACGCUUUGCACUCAUUGAGGCCGUUUCUCGAUAGCGAUGGUGUCUUGCGGGUCGGAGGCCGCUUAAGUAACGCGCCGUUACCCUCUCACGUGCGAAAUCCGCCGAUUCUACCACGUCAAUCGGCCCUCAGUCGACUAUUCGUCACUCAUGCCCACUGUAAAGCCCUACAUGGUGGACCUACUCUGACCACAAGUGUUCUGUUGCGAUUCGCGUGGAUCAUCGGUAUGCGUGCGCUUAUCAAGUCCACGAUUCGCAAAUGCGUAAAGUGCCAAUGUUAUAAAUCCCGCUUGGCCUAUCAACUAAUGGGCAACCUGCCAGCCGAGCGAGUGACGCCUGCUCGCCCUUUCACCACCACCGGCUUGGACUACGCCGGACCGUUUCAAGCGAUACAUCUGGAAGUGGUGAGCGACCUAACAACAGCAACCUUCAUUGCAGCCUUCCGCCGUUUCGUCAGCCGACGAGGGCUAUUCAAGCAGCUCGUCAGCGACAAUGCAACGACCUUCCGAGGCGCGGAUGCCGAGCUGUGGGCUAUGUUCCGUGCAGGUUCCACUUUUUUCCAAGAAGUCGCUUCCACCUUAGCCAACGACGGUAUCACGUGGACUUUCAAACCGCCCAACCAUACCCCACUACGGAGGCGCUUCGUUGGCGAGCACACGCUCACCUUUGAAGAACUUUCGACCGUGCUUGCUGAAAUUGAGUCAUGCCUCAACUCUCGUCCGCUCUGUCCGCUUACUUCGGACCCAGAAGAUCUGCAAGCCUUGACGCCGUCACAUUUCCUCAUUGACGCCACAUCGGGCCUCACUCUUGACGAGGAGACACCGACUGUACCGAUAAACCGACUUAGCCGCUUCCAGCUUCUCCAACGUAUUCGCGAUCAGUUUUGGAAGCGUUGGACCAGCGAGUACAUGCUCUUACUUCAGGAAAGAACCAAAUGGAUGCAUACGACAUCGAAUUUCGCCGUUGGACAACUGGUUUUCUUGAAGGACGACCGAUAUCCAGCUUUCAAGUGGCCUCUCGGUCGUGUACAGGAGACACACGCUGUUCGAGUAGUCACGGUGAAGACGGCCAAUAACACCCUCAGACGUCACGUUGCCUGUCUCGCACCGUUAAUGCUGGAUCAGUCGAAGAAUCAAGAGGAUUCGGCCAAGCGGGAAGAGUCGACGUGUAAGAAUUAA